UCACUCGUGAAGGAGAGGGUGUUUGGUAUGCCUUGGGACAGGGCAGCUUGUUCACAGUAAUUCAAGGUUUUGACCGUGUAACAAUAUUGUUGUGCUAUCGUCGUGUUUGUUACAAAAGAAAUAAUUCGCCUCUCCUUGGCAGCCGCGAAAUCUCGUCAAGUUUAAGUUAGUCGGUUGUAGGAAUGGCCGCAGUUUUCGAUAUCGAAUUGCACGAUGCGGACACGGUAAAUAGGGACGAGUCGGACGAUGAUGUUAUCGAGAUCGGCGAGGAAGAGUACGAUGCAAAUCCAAACGUGAAUGAGAUAACCGAAUCGGAAGGUGUCGAAACGGUAGCAAUAUCGGAACAGAAUGUCAAUCGCGGUCGGGAAAGAGCUGGGCCCCAGGAUUUCGAACUUUGUAAAGUUAUCGGGAAAGGUGGUUACGGCAAGGUUUUUCAAGUGCGUAAGAUCACUGGUAAUGACAGGGGGACGAUCUUUGCCAUGAAGGUCUUGCGUAAAGCCUCCAUUAUAAGGAACCAAAAAGAUACUGCACACACUAAGGCUGAAAGAAACAUUUUGGAAGCUGUGAAACAUCCUUUCAUCGUAGACCUCAUGUAUGCUUUUCAAACUGGUGGCAAAUUGUAUUUGAUUUUGGAAUACAUGUGUGGUGGUGAAUUAUUUCGACAUUUGAACGAUGAAGGCAUUUUCCUUGAAGAAACUGCUUGUUUCUACUUGUCAGAAAUAAUACUGGCUCUUCAACAUCUUCAUUUACAGGGAAUUAUUUAUAGAGAUCUGAAACCAGAAAAUAUCUUGCUAGAUGCAGAAGGACACAUAAAAUUAACUGAUUUUGGUUUGUGUAAAGAGCAUAUUCAAGAUGGUACUGUUACACAUACAUUCUGUGGUACUAUAGAAUAUAUGGCCCCAGAAAUCUUAACACGAAGUGGUCAUGGUAAGGCAGUAGAUUGGUGGAGUUUAGGCACUUUAAUGUAUGAUAUGCUUACAGGUUUACCACCAUUUACGUCUGAUAAUAGAAAGAAGACCAUUGAAAAGAUUCUACGUGGUAAAUUAAAUCUCCCUCAGUACUUGACACCUGAUUCUAGGGACCUUAUCCGAAAAUUGUUGAAGAGACAAGUUUCACAAAGAUUAGGAUCUGGUUCAUCAGAUGCAGAGCAAAUAAAGAGUCACCAAUUUUUCAAGCAUAUCAACUGGGAUGAUGUGAUUUCUCGCAAAUUAGAACCACCUUUUAAACCAACAUUAGCCAGUGAAGAUGAUGUGUCUCAGUUUGACCAAACAUUUACGACAUCUGCACCAAUAGACUCUCCUGCUGAGUAUACAUUAAGUGAAUCUGCUAACAGAGUAUUUCAAGGAUUUACGUAUGUAGCACCUAGCAUACUGGAAGAUAUGUAUUCCCAACCACGAGUAAUAAAUGCUAGAAGUCCACGUAGAGGUAACAUGCGAGGUUUCUCACCACGAGGAACGCACUUUCAUUUACAUAAUACACAUGUACAAAAUCAUAGACACAAUGGAGUUGGACAUGGAAACAUGGAAGAUACAGAAAUGAUUGAAAUAGGCUAACUGCCAACUUUUUUAUAGUGGAAAAUGCUUAGCAUUUCGGCCUAACUGCUGGAUAUCCAUGACCAAUCCUUGUGUCUCAGGGAGGGAUUUUAUAAAGAUGUAGAUGGAGUAGCAAAAGGAUAGGUCCAAUACACCAGUACUUUAUUGGAUAUGCAGCAGUUAAAUUUAGCUAAUUUUUUUUUUAUCAAAUAUAAUUAAAAUAAAAAUACCAAUUAAGAUUAUGCUUUAAGAACAGCGACGCAGCAGUUAUUUGGUAGCAUGCAAUAAGAAAAGGAAAGAGUACAUAUACAUACACACACACGUACAUUUAUAUUUGUGAACGAUAAAUAAUCAGGAAGAAAAGACUUUUAUUUACUUAUUUACCGUUAAUUACAAACGUGCUCAACGUUGUAACAGAAUCCGUUAUUUGCAUACAUUAUAGUCAAAUGCUACAUACGUUUUAUUAACCCGUUAAUACGUAAUCACCUGUUGUGUUUUGUAUAUAUGAUACACAGGUUGGUUGGAUAUUCAUAUAUAGUUAUCUACAAAAUGUCAUUUACGCUAAGUGCAACAGACUGAAAAAUUCUAGCACUUUUAGAGGUUCAUAAAUUAUACUGUUAAUACAAGUUUGAGGUUCAACCAUCCUGUAACACUUGUAUAUUUAAAAGUCCGUACACGGGGCGUGUAAUUUUAUUACAGUGUACGCGUGCUUAAAUAUAAUUAAUUAAAAAAUAAGGAAAUAAAAGACGAAUAGACUUAAUAUACGAAGAUAUUAACAGCUACCACAACCGCUCCGCCGCUCAAAAUUCCAUAUCUGGUUGUUCAUUUCGGAAAAUAUUUUCAGCAGUAAUAACGUUUCCAUGGCAAUAAUGUAAACAAUAACAAAGUUUGCACGAUAGUCAUAGACAAUGUUUGCGUAAUACUGCAACGGAAUUGCAUUUGUACAAUUGAAAGUUCCUAAGAAACAAGUGAGUUUAAACCGCAAUGUAUUCCAAUCUUCAACAAACAAAUAUUUUUUGUAAAGGUACUCGUGCAUUCGUUAUUAUUUUAACCAGUGCUUACUUCUGAUACAGAGACAAAUUUUUUCUUUUCCUAAUUUUCUGUAAAACAAGUUACCAUGGUAACAAUGUUACUGCGAAACGUUGACUUGCUGCCGAUAUCAUAAAAUAUAUAUUUCGUAUUUACACUCGUGUUUACAUGCUCAGUGUGACAUCAUAUUGUAUUGCAAUUUAUUUAAUUGACGUCUAUUUGUUACAUGUAUUUAUAUAUUAUUGAAAAUACUAAUAUAUUGAUUUUGUCGUACACACAAUAUUAGUAAAGAUAAACUAUAGUAUAAAGCGGUGAUGGGCAACUGUGCUCGCGAGGACGCGGUGCAUGAGUGUGUAAGCGGCCGGAACCGACGAGUACAAUAUUCUCUUGUUAUAUUGCCAUGAGCGAAACUGUAGGAGCGUAAAAUUUUUGAAACUGGCAAUAUAGAAAGAUCUUGCGAUGAUGGAAGAUUGAGCACAGCACUCGUUAAAUUUUGCUUGGUCAACAUUCAAAUUUAGAAAUUCGAAGUCACUUGUGCCCGUGAGCUCUUUGUCGGGUACAUGAUCUGUCCAUCACUGUGGUAAAGGAUAAGUGUUUAGAAUGAUUGUUGGCCGCUCAUCAAGAAAUUUCAAACUACCCAAGUGUUCACAGGCCAUACUAGCUGGCAUUACAAUUUUAGCUAUAUUUACAGCGAAUAUACCCCAUGGUCGAAAUGUUAGAACGUUACAUCCCAUGGUCUCUCUGCUGCGAAUUUGACGCUACAUUUCGACUAUGCAUACAUUAAACAAAUUGCGUAUAAUAUAUAAGAUUACAUUACACACGAAAGAAAAGCGUACGAUGAUAUUCGCAAAUUGUAUUGUAUUAUAAAGAAGCGUAUAUUCAGAGAGGAUAAUUUAUAAGCCACUUUUUCCGUACGUGUCGAAUGAUGUAUUUUCGAUGUUGAAGUGAGAAUCUGUCUACAGAGUUGUUCGUCGUGCUUAACGUUCAAAGAUCUUUCUGUAGUGAGAUAUUAAGACUUAAAACGUACGCAAACGAUGUUAAUUUUUCAGGUUUAUAAUGAAAUGAAUUAGUAUUUAAUUGAUAAAGAUAAAACAAAAACAAUAAUUACAUCAGCAAUGAUGUAAUAACGUAUUACCAUAUCUGUGUAAUGUACUAUAAUUUUUUAUCCGUUUUUUUAUAACUAUAAACAUCGUAUAAGAAUCGAAAUCGUUUUGAAACAUAUUAGAAUUUAUAUAGAAUUUCAUCGUUAAUAUAAAUAAUGAACUUUGUAGGUAGAUUCUACCGAUAUGCUUUGCAACAACCACUUUGGUGCUGAUACUCAUUAAUUUGAUUCAAUUCAAAGCGGCCUGCAUACUGUAAUUGAUUUGUACACCUUAAGAAAUCAAUUAUCGUUAGCACCUAGUGCUCUAUUUAGAUCUUGUAUGUUACGUUUCGUCGCGACAACCGAAAAAACAUACUAAACGAAUUUAGCAGAAAUUAAGAUUUAUUUUUUAUAAUAUUCUGUUUGAGGUAUUAAUAACAAAGAAGUGUUUAUAGUUACCCCACGAGGCACAAGAUAUACAUAUAUUAGUUAAGAGUUUAAAAGAAGAAAAAUAAAGUAUCAUCGAAUGAUAUGUAAAUUAAAUAACUAGCCAUUGGCCGAAAUAAGUGAUAAAUGGUUUGAUGCUUCCAAUUAAAAGAAAUAUAGAUUCUAUAAUUGA